AUGCAUGCCGAGGAGCCCCUACGAGAUGAUGCAUCUAUUAAGGACUUCAACGGUGGCAUUGGGUGUCACAUAGCCUCGACUAUAGAGGAGGCCUUGUUGCUCCCAAGAGAUAUGGCCGAAAUAAAGAACAAGAGGAAGAAUGAACUCGUCAUCCAAAACACUUUUAAGUUGGAUGAGAUGCUUAAUCGCUGCUACAGUCAGCUAGACGACGAAAGGAAGCAACGGGCGUCGGCUGUACAGACUUUGACACAAUCCGAGCAAGACUUGGCUGCUGCGAAGAAGAAAUUACUUGCUGAGGAGCAAGCUCACAAGAGAACUGACUCGGCCUUGGAAGGCUUCCAAAAGCAAGCCGAGGACCAGGGAAAGCGCUUGCGUGAAGCAAAUGCAGAACUAAAAGCUGCCCGAGAGCAAGUUACAGUCCUUAAAAAGCACUUGGAGGAAACCCAAAAGCUGAGGGCGCAAGAUAAAAAGUCCAGGGAGGAAGCUAAGAGAGCAAAAGCCGAGGCCGAACAGGCAACGAACGAGGCCGAACAGGCAACGAACGAGGCCGAGCAGAAAGGCUAUGAAAUCGGUGUGGUUGAGACAAAGGAGACACUAAGGGCAGAGGUGCUAAUGGUGUGCCGCAUCUAUUGUGCCCAAACUUGGGAUGAAGCCCUUAACCGAGCUGGGGUUAAGGCUUCAUCUGAGUUAAGGAGGCCAGAGAGCGUGUUCUACCCUGAAGCAAUCCGCACCUCAGCUCCUCCAUCCAGUAAGGCUGAAGACACUCCCUCAACCAUUAACCCUAAUGAGGAGGUUUUGCCUCCAAGUCUUCCUCCUCCUGGCCAACAAGAGCCAGCUAAAGAGAAUAAUGCCCCUCCAGAAGCCUUCUUGGACAAGACUACAACUGCUUCCGAGGCAGAGGUGGCCUCUCAGGGCUUUCAACAGGAUUUGGCUUCCACAGUCAUGCCAACUGUGGGAGCUAUUAAGGAUAAAGAGGGAGUCACCACCCCGGAGGCAGAUAAAUCAGCCAGCCAAGCUCCAAAGCUCCAAAUCAAGUUGAAAAAAUAG